AUGGCAAAACCUUCUUCCUUUGUUUUCCUCUUCUUACUUCACUGCCUCAUGCUGUCUUUAGCUUGGACUAAUGCAAACAUCACCAUUGACAAAUAUGCUCUUCUUGCCCUUAAAUCAUCUAUCACUUCAGAUCCAUACAAUUUCUUAGCUAAUUGGUCCGUCUCUUCUCCAUGCAAUUGGAUUGGUGUCACCUAUAAUACUACUCAUCAUGGAAGAAUCCAUUCCUUGAAUCUUGUUGGCAUGAAUCUUAAAGGAACCAUAUCCCCACAGCUGGGAAAUCUUUCAUUCCUUGUUGAACUUGAUCUCAGUAACAAAAACUUGAAUGGUCAAAUACCAGUAGAGUUAGUUCGAUUACAUCAAUUGAGACUAUUCAUCUUGAGCUACAAUGACUUUCAUGGACAAGUUCGAACAUGGAUAGGAGAUUUAUAUAUGCUUGAGCACUUGGGUUUUCAAAAUCACAGCUUUUAUGGAUUUAUUCCAUUAUCCUUGUCCAAUUUGUCAAGGUUGGAAACCUUAGAUUGGACUUUUAAUUUUAUCCAGGGGACUAUUCCACUUGAGGUAGGAAAACUUAACUGCUUGAAGAUUUUACAGCUGGUGGGGGAACAAACUUUUAGGAAUCACUCCCCAAACAAUCUCUAA